AAUGCACUACACUACAGGCAAUGCAAUUGCUGCCACACGCCCCUACAAACCCGAUGAGAAACCUGCAAGGGUGCGGAGGUGAAUGAAGAUCAGUAUUGAGCGAAGGGCGGUUGCGGCGGCGCAGUGUGACAGGAGCUUUGCAGCGAGGCGCAGUGACGGCCAGUCUACUCCAAGACCCCAAGGUUGUGGCUGUUGUCACAAUUCCCAGACACACGGCCGAGCAGCCCAAUCUUGACACUCCCCAUUGGAUUGUGGAAGUCUCUGCCUGGCACCCUGUUACUCCUCGAUAGCCAGGCAAACACCUUGUCACGGCAGCAGCCGAGUUGGAGGUUCCCGCGCCGCCUUCCUCGCUGCGGGUUUCGCAAGCCUUGCGUUGUGUUGUGUCUGUGUACAUCGCCUUUGCCGCCGCCAUGUACGGGGGGAUGAUGAGGGUUGCCAAGUGUCCCAACGAGGAACUCUCCUUCACCAAUUGCGUGAUAGUCAACGAGAAUGAUUUCCCUCUCAAAGUCAAGUACAUUCAGGUUACAGCUGAGCAAGGGCGGCAGUAUAUCUACACCAUCAGACAUGACCGGGGGGUGAAGCCUGGUCACAUGGGCUUCAAUGCCAUCCAGCGCAAACAGGCAAUGCUUUCCCUUGACCAAGAGAUCCGAGUGGAGCCCUACGUACAUGACCCACAGAGGCAGCUAAUUGGCACAAUGGUGAUAGAGGCUGACUUCCUGCAAAAAAAGAGCACUACCAAUGAGCCUUACAACACAGACCAGAUGUCGAUGGCCUUCAUGGAGCAGUUUGCCAAGAAUGGGUUUACUGUUGGCCAGCCUCUUGUAUUCAAGUUCCAGGAUAAAAAGACACUGUCCCUCACCAUCAAAGAAAUUGAAGCUGCAGAUCCAGAGGCAGUUGCAUCAGGAAAGAAAAGGGAACCCCGCAAGAUAGACUUUGGAGUGUUGCAGCCCAAUUCUUCACUUAUUUUCGAAAAGAGUGAAGGCUCCUUUUUGAUUCUUACUGGCAAAGCAAAGGCCCGCUCAUCUCACACCAGCCUGUUUUCAGCUGACUGGGACUUUCAGAAGAUGGGUAUUGGUGGUCUAGAUGAACAAUUUAUUCAGAUCCUGAGAAGAGCCUUUGCUUCCAGAGUCUUCCCACCAGAAGUGACAGAACAGUUGGGAGUAAAGCAUGUUAAAGGUCUUCUGUUGUAUGGACCUCCAGGUACCGGCAAAACCUUGAUGGCCCGCCAAAUAGGGAAGAUGCUCAAUGCUCGAGAGCCAAAAAUCGUCAAUGGCCCAGAAAUCCUAGACAAGUAUGUGGGAGAGUCUGAGGCCAAUGUGCGCCGCCUUUUUGCUGAGGCUGAGGAAGAGGAAAAGAGGAUGGGACCAAACUCUGGGCUUCACAUCAUCAUCUUUGAUGAGAUUGAUGCCAUCUGCAAACAGAGAGGUUCUGUUGCUGGCAGCACUGGUGUCAACGAUACUGUUGUCAACCAACUGCUGUCCAAGAUUGAUGGUGUGGAGCAACUCAACAAUAUUCUGGUUAUUGGCAUGACCAACAGAAAGGACAUGAUGGAUGAAGCUCUAUUGAGGCCGGGCAGAUUGGAAAUUCAAGUAGAAAUUGGACUUCCUGAUGAACAGGGUCGUUUUGACAUCCUGAAGAUUAAAACAGCAAAGAUGGAGGAGCACAAUAAGCUGGACCGUGAUGUUGAUCUUGCAGAGGUUGCAUCUUUGACAAAGAACUUCUCAGGAGCAGAACUUGAGGGCCUGGUUAAGGCUGCCUCAUCCUCAGCCCUGAAGCGCUACAUUCAUCUUGGAAAUAAAAUUGAAGUUGAUCCAAAUGCCAUUGACAAGCUAAAAAUUACAAGAUCAGACUUUAUAUAUUCUCUUGAAAAUGAUGUGAAGCCUUCUUUAGGCACCAGUGAUGAAGCUUUGUCAAAGUUUAUUGAACGAGGAAUUAUUAAUUGGGGAGCAACCAGAGAACUAGUGGAGAAGGGGUUGAUGUUUGUCAAACAGGCAAGGUCUCCUGAAACUAGCAAUCGCCUUUGCCUUUUGCUUGAAGGAGCACCAACUGCAGGUACAUCUGCAAUGGCAGCCUAUUUAUGCAAAAACUCCGACUUCCCUUUCAUCAAAGUACUUAAUUCUCGAGACAUGGUUGGUUUUAUGGAGUCUUCCAAGUGUUUUAAAAUUAGUAAAAUAUUUGAUGAUGCAUAUCGCUCUGAAUUGAGCUGCAUCUUUAUGAACGACCUUGAACACUUGAUGGGGUAUUCACCAAUUGGUCCCCGAUACCAGUCCCUUGUUUUGGAUGCCAUGUACUCUCUUCUGUCGGCAUCCCCUCCUCCUGGUCGCAAGCUCCUUGUCAUUUGCACUUCUAAACGCCGCUCAGUGCUAGAAGAGCUGGGUCUCCUCUCCGCCUUCACAGCUGUCAUCAGGGUUCCAUACAUUGCACAUGUGGAGGAUGUCAGACUGGUCCUGGAAGAGUCGCAAGCAAUGAGCCCAGAGGAGAUUGAUGCUGUCAUGAAACACAUUCGUCAUGGAAAAGUCUUUGUUGGAGUUAAAAAGUUGCUGGGUCUCCUAGACAGUAUGCGUGUCAUGAAAGGAGUUGAUUGCCGCAAGAGAGUAGCUGCAUUUGUCAACUUGUUAGAAGAUGAGGAGUAUACACACAAGAACUAUAAUUAGAAAGAUGAAGCAAUUUGAGCUGACCCAUGGCCAUAUAAGUGGAACAAGAUAUCUUGUGAUAAGAAGAAAGUAUACAUGGUGAGUACCAGUAUGAUUAUUUUCUCAUUGUUGAAUAUGAAUUUUCAAUUACGUAUAUAAUAAACAGUGAAUAAACUGAGAUAAACUGGGUACCAUGCUACCAUCAUGUAUAAGCAGUUCUUGUGAGUUACAUGAAAAUUGAUUUGACAAGUUCUGAAAUCAAGGUGCAGUAGUAAUGCAUGGGAAAAGUGGUCGUCUAAUUGUUUGGCUUGGCUUUAGUACUAAAUAUAGAACAUGAUGCAGAUAUGUCAGCUGAUUUUUUUUCUCCACAUUGAGGUAAAUAUACAAAAUUAUAGUUCCCUCCACUGUGGUGUCUUAGUUACUCACUUGCUUUGGCAUAAUAAAUGAGCAAAAUAUAAUGUACAUAAGAUGUCAGACAUAUCCUUAAUCAUUCAUAGUGAGCUUCUUCCUCUUCUUUAAGAUUUACCCCUUUAAUAAGGGGACAGGGCCUUUGCACAUAGGCGGCCCUGUGCUGCUGCUAUGGAUUCCUUUACUUUGUAAGUACAAGUAGCUUGAGUUUAUCAUCUGCUGCUGAUUUUUAUUUACCCAGCUGUGGAGAAGGUAAUGGUAGCCAUAUAAAAUAAUAGAUGAAAUCUAGAUAUUACUAAUAAUUCUAGCUUCCAUAUUAAUCAUUCAAAUACAUCUGUACCCAUAUGUAUGUAUAUCAAUAUAGAUUUACUACAUUGGAAAAUUGGUGUGGUAUUUAAAAUUAUCAUCACUCAUAAUAUCACUGAAAUUAAUAAUAAUCACAAAACCUCUUUAUAUAACCAUCAUAUGUAUGAGAGUAAGAUACCAGUAUCAAUAACAAUAUCAAAAAGGAUUAGGUUGUGGAAUUUGAAGGAUGGGGAAUCAAGGAAUGAGUUUGAAAAAUGGUUUGGUGAAAAGAUUGAUUCAACUGAAUGCUCCCAGAAAUAAUUGAAGGGUAAUAUAUUGUAAGAUGGAAAAGAAGUAUAUGGAUAAAUACCAGGCAAGAUUUACAUAAAUUUACAUAGAAAAUCAGACCACACAAAACCCAUGGUCCAGACUAGGUGCUCUGUCCUUAAACCUAAGUGAUUCUACACUAAUCAGAUGGCUCUGAAACGUUGCACUUCAACUCUAGCUAAUAUUAAGUUCAAGGAAGUGAUGGUCGAGUUUGUUUUUAAAGGCGUCAAUCGUGUUACACUGGACCACUGAAGGUGGGAGCUUAUUCCAUUCUCGCACUACAACAUUGGUGAAGAAAAAUUUGGUGCAAUCUGAAUUUACUUGUUUACAUUUGAAUUUUAUGCCAUUCUUCCUCGUUCGCAAAGUGUCAUCGAUCAUAAACAAUUCUGAUCUGUCUACAUUCGUGAAACCAUUAAGUAUUUUAAAACAUUUGAUCAGUGUUCCUCGGAGGCGACGUUUCUCAAGAGAGAACAUGUUAAGGGUGGAAAGCCUUUCUUCGUAGGAUUUGUUGCGCAAGGAAGGGAUCAUUUUUGUUGCCCAAUGCUGAACACCUAAUUUAGCAAUGUCCUUUGCAUGGUGGGGAGACUGAAACUGUACUGCAUAUUUCAAGUGGGGUCUGACUAUACUAUUGUAGAGUGGAAGUAUUACAUAUUUAUUCUUGAAUAAAAAGUUUCUUUUAAUGAAGCCCAACAUUCUGUUCGCUUUAUUUGCUGCAUCGAUGCAUUGCUGUGAGAAUUUGAGGUUUGACGCGAUUUUGACCCCCAGGUUCUUAACGCAUUGAAUGCUUUUGAGUUUAACGCCGCGCAUUUCAUAAUCAAACUUCUUAUUUCUUGUUCCAACUUUGAAUUGUCUUUCCUGGAAUGUCUUAUUCCUUGAUAAGGGAACAAUUGACAAAAAAAAUGAAAUGAUCAUAUGUAUAUAUGCAAGAAAUUUGGUCGAAAUAAAUCAUGGAGUCGGCCCAUUACCGUGUAGAACUCAUGAAAUUAUUCUAUAAAUGCACAGGCACAUAUCUCUGUACCAAAGCACUGGUACAAAACUUAGUAAUUUAUUUCCUUACUGCAAUCCUAGUUUUAAAUUAGGAAUAAUAUCGCAUCACAAUUUAGUGAUAGUAAAUUGAUGUAAAGGUAAAGGUAAAGUUAGGGGGAUAUGCUAUAGCUGUGCAUGCCUCAUGAUGUGUAAGGUAAAUAAUAUUGAUGUAGAUGACCACAAAAUGUAUGUGCUCCAACCCCUAAAAUCCAGAGUGCUCAGUUCCAAAAUCAUGGAACAUGAGAAUUUUACUUCCAUACAUAAAAUGGAUUCACUUUACCUCUGGAAUUCCAGAAUGCUGAUGUUCCAGAAUCAUAGAAUUCAUUGCUAAACAUUAGAAGAAUAACUGAUACUGUAUGAAGAACUGAAUGCAUUCUGUGGUUGCAGUAGCCUUGCCUAUUGAAAAAUAAUACCAAUAAUGUUGCAUGACAAUGAAAGUAAAGUUAUAGAAGUCUGAGGUACCUUGUGGACCAAUGAUGAUGCUUGUUCUUGAUCUUAUUUUUGUUAAUAACUUGUGUAUUCAGAUAAUGUAAUUGUUAUAACCCCUGAUCUGGACCAAGAACAUGCAGCAUUGAUGCACGAGUCAUAUAAAUAACAUUAUACUGAUUGUUUUAUUUCAGUGCUGUCUCUAUUUUUGAUUAAGUGUGUGAAGGGAGUAGGUGUUCUCAUCUGUAUCCCUCAUUUCACCAAGUGUUUUGUAGAGUAUCAUAUAAUAUCAUGUUGGCAUCUCAGUAGUAUUAAGAAUAAUGAUAGGCAUAUUGUUUCUAUGCAGGAUUAUAAAUGAAUAUUGUAGCAAACUUAUCAGACAGAUGUUCAAACACAAAGUAUAGGAGUGUUAUUUAUAUUGCAGUGUAUUUGAAAUACCGGUAUUAUUUUAUAAAAUGCAAAUUUGAGUUAAAGUGUUAAAUAUUCUGAAGUCUGUGUAGAAUUAAAUAAAGACAAUAAUCUCUGAUUUGAACAGAGCAUUGGAUGAAAGGGAUGUGUGAAGCAACAAAGUAUCUGAAAAUGAAACAUUUUAGCAUAAACUAAACCCAUAAUAUAUGUUUGAGCUAAUUCUGUGUUAUCAUGACAACAAAUGAGAAAUUUAUAAUUCCCACUUCUGUAAUUUCUUGAAUUAAUUUCAGAAGGAUUAUAUCACUUGCCUUUAUUUCUUUAUUGUAAUUGAUAAUAUAGCACUAUUUUGCAGAAGACUCAUGGGAAUAACAUUAUGAUUAUAAGUGUUUUGGAUGUCUUUGUUUGCACUGGUUUGUAAAGCACAGGUAAUUACAUGGCAGACUUCAUUAUUAAUUUCUUAGUCAUAUCAUUACCAUAUUCAGUAAAAGUUUGUUAAUCCAUUUUGCAGCGAACCAGCCUCAUGCUGCAUUAUCAGAUAUGCUGGACUAUUGGGUGGUAGUACAUGUAUGAACAAUAAGUUGGUACGAUUUAUUUAUUUAUCUAUUUAUUGUGAUUAUUAUUUUUCCUUCAGUCUGGUCCCCCUUGUAUUGAUGAGUCUUAGUGAUAAGGAAAGGAAAGAGGAGGAAUGUUAUGUUUUCCACCAUCUGUGGAGCAGAUACCACCUGGUUUGCCACCACUCUUGUUGAUAGAUGGAUCUUAGUAAAAAGGAAGGCCAGAGAGAGAAGGAUAGAAGGAAGCUGGAAUGAAAUUGAGGAUGUGAUAGAAAACAAUCCACAGGUGAUGUGUGGACAACACAGCUGGCGAUGGGACUGGAGUAUGAAAUGGGAGAUGGAGUUCAAUGUGAAGAAAUGUCAUGUAAUGGAAAUGGGAAAGAGUAAAGGAAGACCAAAAUGGACAUAUAGAAUGGGAGAUGGAGAAAUACCUGAUAUUAAAAAAAGUUCAAGAAGAAAGAGACCUGGGAGUGACAAUUCAGGAUAAUCAACAGCCUGAGAGUCAUGUUAAUAGGAUAUUCGAUGGUACUUAUAGAAUGGUAAGAAAUAGGAUUAACAUUCCACUAUAUACAUGGAUAAGGAUAUGAUGAUAAAGAUAAUAACCACUAUGAUUAGACCAAAAUUGGAAUAUGCAGAAACGGUGUGGUCUCCCCAUAAGAAGAACCCCCCCAAAAAAUAGAAAGAAUACAAUGGAUGGCAACAAAAAUGGUUCCAGAACUGGAGGGAUUGUCA